UUCUUCUUCUUCCAACAGAGCCUCCUCCCAAGUCUGGUCCAUCUCUGUUCCCGGCGAAAACACCCACAGUCCGUGCUGCAUUAAUCUGCCUGACGCUGGUCCUGGUCGCCUCCAUCCUGCUGCAGGCCGUCCUUUAUCCCCGGUUUAUGGGCAACAUAUCAGAUGUAAAGACCAAUGUCCAGUUGCUGAAAGGUCGUGUGGACAACAUCAGCACCUUGGAUUCUGAAAUUAAAAAGAAUAGCGAUGGCAUGGAGGCAGCUGGCGUUCAGAUCCAGAUGGUGAAUGUGAGCCUGGGUUAUGUGCGUUCUCAGUUCCUGAAGUUAAAAACCAGUGUGGAGAAGGCCAACGCACAGAUCCAGAUCUUAACAAGAAGUUGGGAAGAAGUUGGUACCUUAAAUGCCCAAAUCCCAGAGUUAAAAAGUGAUUUGGAGAAAGCCAGUGCUUUGAAUACAAAGAUCCGGGCACUCCAGGGCAGCUUGGCCAAUAUGAGCAAGUUGCUCAAACGACAAAAUGACAUUCUACAGGUGGUUUCUCAAGGCUGGAAGUACUUUAAGGGGAACUUCUAUUACUUUUCUCUCGUCACAAAGACCUGGUAUAGUGCCCAGCAGUUCUGUGUGUCCAGGAAUUCACACCUGACCUCGGUGACCUCAGAGAGUGAGCAGGAGUUUCUGUAUAAAACAGCGGGCGGACUCACCUACUGGAUUGGCCUGACUAAAGCAGGGACGGAAGGGGACUGGUUCUGGGUGGAUGACACGCCAUUCGACAAGGUCCAAAGUGCGAAGUUCUGGAUCCCAGGUGAGCCCAACAAUACUGGGAACAAUGAACAUUGUGGCAAUAUAAGGGUUUCCUCGCUUCAGGCCUGGAAUGAUGCCCAAUGUGACAAAACGUUUCUUUUCAUCUGUAAGCGACCCUACGUCCCGUCAGAACCGUGACAGAACAGGCUCCCAAGCUCACUCUUUGAACUCCAAUGCUUGUCAAACAUGAGGAAAUGCCUCUUUCUCCCCCAGACUCCAGGAGGACUUUGCAUGUUAAUUUUUCUUGCUUCAAAAUUGUCCCACAGUGGCAUUCUGGAGUCCGUCUGUCUUGGCUGGAAAUUCUCUGACCCCAUGGAGGCAGCUGGAAUGGAAAGGAGAACUCAGGUUAAAGUGGGAGGGGUGGGUAGAGAGGAUUUAGAAGUUCCAAUUGCCCUGCUAAGGAGGAUUAAGACCCGUAAUCCGGGACAACACCUGGGGUUUUCCACUUCUUCAGAGAAGCCUCAGCUUCAUCACAUCAAAGUUGUUUCAGAGCAACCAAGCAAUUCUGCUAAUAUUGUCAUUCAGGGCUUUUCUUGGCCAAACCCUGUAGAAUUUCCACGUGUCUGGUUAGCUGUGCUGGCAGCUGGUGGCUGGCUGUGUUUGCAGUGGGAAUAGCUCUGUUCUUGGAGAUCCUGCUCAUGGUAUAUCCUCAGUGGCUUCUUCAUCCACAUCAUCUAAAGCCUGAACCUCUUCUCUGGUUCAAGUCAGCGGCUGACAUGGACUUGUAUCUCCUUCAGAACUCGGCCAGUACCCAGACUCCCUUCUCCUUCCACUCACUUAGUACACCCGGGUGCCCAGCCCUGCCUUCCGCCCAGCGUCCAUCCAGCCUCUGUCCUCACCUCCCCGGCACCUCCUCCUCCUUCUGCAUUUCCUGUCUUCCUGUGUCUUGUGCGUGGGAAGCAGCCUUCAGUGCUUUCAUGAAUUCGCCUUCCAGCUUCCUCAGAAUAAAAUGCUGCCUGGGUCAAGGCCUCA